GGCAAGAACAUUUCCAGAAGAUCAUCUUGGAAAGCACAGAGAGAAUGGAGGAUCAGGGCCAAAGCAUCAUUCCCAUGCUGACAGGAGAAGUUAUUCCUGUAAUGGAACUUCUUUCAUCUAUGAAAUCACACAGUGUUCCAGAAGAAAUAAAUAUAAGUGACACAGUGUUAAAUGAUGAUGACAUUGGGGACAGUUGCCAUGAAGGUUUUCUCCUCAACGCCAUCAGUUCACACCUGCAGACUUGUGGUUGCUCAGUGGUUGUAGGUAGCAGUGCAGAGAAAGUUAAUAAGAUAGUGAGGACAUUGUGUCUGUUUCUUACUCCAUCAGAACGGAAGUGUUCCAGACUCUGUAGAAAUGAAUCUUCCUUCAAAUAUGAAUCAGGACUCUUUGUACAAGGAUUGCUCAAGGAUGCAACUGGAAGCUUUGUGUUGCCCUUCCGUCAAGUAAUGUAUGCUCCAUAUCCUACUACACAUAUAGAUGUGGAUGUCAACACAGUGAAGCAGAUGCCUCCUUGCCAUGAGCAUAUCUAUAACCAGCGGCGAUACAUGAGGUCCGAGCUGGCAGCAUUUUGGAGAGCCAAUUCAGAUGAAGAGAUGGCUCAGGAUAUCACUAUCCAUACAGAUGAAAGCUUCACUCCUGAUUUGAAUGUUUUUCAGGAUGUCCUGCAUCGUGAUACAUUAGUAAAAGCCUUCCUGGAGCAGGUCUUUCAUUUGAAACCUGGCUUGUCUCUGAGGAGUACUUUCCUUGCCCAGUUUCUUCUCGUCCUUCAUAGAAAAGCCUUAACUCUUAUAAAGUACAUAGAGGAUGAUACGCAGAAAGGAAAAAAGCCUUUUAAGUCUCUCCGUAGCUUAAAAAUAGACCUUGACUUAACAGCAGAGGGCGAUCUUAACAUAAUAAUGGCUUUAGCUGAGAAGAUCAAACCUGGUCUACAUUCCUUUAUCUUUGGGAGACCCUUCUACACUAGUGUCCAAGAACGUGAUGUACUAAUGACAUUUUAAAGAUCCUGUAUGCUGCUGAAAGCAAGCUAGUAAUGUAAACACCAUUUUUCCCUUUUUGAUAAGCACAGUCUUACACUCUAAUGCAGUGACUGAAAGCAAGUUACACUACAAUUCAGUCGAAAUGGGGAGGGAGUAUUAGAGGGAAAGUCACUUCACUUAGGGAAGCACACUUCAAACAAGCCUUUUUUGUUGUUUACAAUGAAAGUGAAAGUAAAUAUUGCAGUAGUUUUUAUGAUAUUUUGGGUUUGCUGUGUAAACUUUGCCACAGUUCUGGCUUAAACUGAUUUAAAGGGAGGCUUUUGUAUUGACUCUCUUUAGAGAGAUCAUACAGCUUCUCCACCAUUUCUCUUCAAUUUUGUGUCCCUCCUUAUCUUGUUAUCAGUAUUUCCCAGUGUUGUCAUGGAAAAUCAUACUUCUUGUCCUCUCCAUUAUGGAGGCACUGCCUUUUGUGAAAUAGAAACUGGAAGAACAGUUUCAACACUUUUUGUUGUUGUUGUUGUUGUUCUUUAUUUCUUAUGUGUGGGGCUAAUGUGAAAAACACUUUCCCUGCUCCCCAUUCCAACCUCACCAGAAAGUUUUUUGUUACUUUAUGUGAUGCAUUUAAAAGGAUAUUAAAAAAAAAAAAAAACCAAAAACU